ACAGGCCCCCCUUCCACACGCUCGUGAUCUGUACACAAACUUUUAUACCAUCGAACACCUCAGUCGGUGCCGGUACUGCGUGUAACAGUUGUCCUGAAAGGCAGGCAGACCGCCGCGUUGAGCGGAGUGUGCGGUGAAUUGCAUUCGUCGAGUGCAACGCCAAGGCUGCUCGAUCUGUUUUCCCUUUUUCUGGUGCUGAAGGAUUCGCUCGCGGAAACUCUUCGCCUCCACCGCCAGUGUGUUUGUGUGGAACAAAGUUUGUUUGACAGCCACUCAUCGCCUCUUCCAUUGUGCCGACAGCCGAGAGGUUUCAGCAUCAACCUGGGCGGCAACGGAACCAUGAGGCGGCCGGCUCCUAAAAUUAGAUCUCCUCACCUGUUGUGCUGCUGCCGCCGUCGCUGUUGUUGUUGCUGAAUCGGCGGCGCGCGGCCAGCGAGCACGCUCAUGCCGACGACCGACUCCUCCGGCGAGCACGCAAAUUGAUUUUCCAUUAUGGCGCUCAUUGUCGAGGAGCGGGCGAAGCAGUGCGCCACCGAGCAUCUCGGCAUCGUAAAAAAUUCAUCAGAAGCAGCAUCAGUGCGAGCAGGUGAUAAUGAAGAAGGUCUGUUCUGCCCGCAAGUUUUCGAUGGCUGGUCGUGCUGGGCGCGCACGCCGGCCGGCAGCGUGGCCGAAUUGGCCUGCCCUGACUUCAUAACAGGAUUCGACCCUUCCAGAAUCGCGCACAGAGUCUGCAAUUCCAACGGCUCGUGGUUUAUACAUCCAGACUCGGGCAAACCGUGGUCGAAUUACACCACUUGUAUAAAUUUAGAAGACCUCGAGUGGCGCCGCCAGGUUACUAAAAUUUACGAAACUGGCUAUGCAGUGUCAUUGGCGGCUAUAAUAGCAUCGCUUUUCAUUUUUAUCUAUUUCAAGUCGCUGCGAUGUACACGCAUCAUGCUGCACAUAAAUCUGUUCGUCUCGUUCGCAACCAACAACGCGCUGUGGAUCCUGUGGUACCGACUGGUAGUCGAGCAACCAUCCGUGUUAUCAGAUAAUGAGGUCGGAUGUGCCCUUCUGCACGUCAGCCUGCACUACUUCCUGCUCUCCAACUACUUCUGGAUGUUCUGCGAGGGCUUCUACUUGCACAUCCUGCUGGUCGCCACUUUCACCUCCGAGGACAAGCUCAAAAAGUGGCUCUACCUAUGCGGCUGGGGCCUGCCGGCAAUCGUCGUGGUCCUCUACACCAUCCUCCGGCUGACCGACAACGACCCCCAAGAAACCUCAGAGUGCUGGAUCCACGAGAGCAAGUUCAACUGGGUGCUGGUGGUGCCCGUGUGUCUGUCGCUGGCCGCCAGCUUCACCUUUCUGUGCAACAUAGUGCGCGUGCUGAUCGUGAAACUGCGCGCCGGGCCGCACGUCGGCAGCGGCCCGUCGCCGUCAGCCCUGCAGGCCGUCAGGGCCACCCUGCUGCUGCUGCCGCUGCUUGGGCUGCACUACCUGAUCACGCCCUUCCGUCCGGAAAGCGCUUCGCACCCACUGCUUAAGACCUACGAAGCUCUCUCUGCUAUCUUCACCUCUUUCCAGGGCCUUUGCGUGGCUUUCCUCUUCUGCUUCUGCAACGGCGAGGUAAUCACCCAAAUCAAGCGCAAAUGGAACCUGCACAUGGCGCAGUUCAGGCCGAGGGCGAGUUCUUUCACGGCGGCCACCACAGUCACGGAAAGAACAUUCUGAAAAAUUUCAUCCGGUCGACCGCCGCACCGCUGCCUGGCGAGGAAAAGGUGUAGACGUGAAGCUCAAUAGCCGCGAUCGGGUGGCCAAUUAGCGCGAGGGCGACAACGCAGGGAAGCAAGAAAAGAAGACUAAACGUACCCUUAAAUAUAAUAUAUAAACCGCAUCAUGCACAAAUCACACGGGGAGAGAGUGGACCAAACAAAGUAUUUGACCGUUUGUCAGUCCAAAGGAGACACUCGUCUCGUUCUUGUUUCGUUGUGCAUAUAUUGCAUACCCUUAUUGUGUAGUGUUUAGAUUCGCUGCCUCUGGAAUUGACGGGAAUUCCACGUCUCUCUCGUCCCCCAAGCGAGCACUCUCUUUCGACGUUGUAUAUUUUUGUCGCAAAAAGAAUGAAUAUAUAUUACAUGUAAAUGUGUGGCACAAAACCCAUAUACACGCAAGAUUACUGCUGCUGCUGCUGUUGUGCUCGCGUAAAAUAAAUAAGUAUAUGUAUACACGGAAAUAAAGCGACGAGGCGCGCUCCUGCGCCAGGUCGAAUGUUGUGUGCUUAGAGUCUAUUAAGUGUCAUGGAUGUGUCUGCUCUCCUCCUAUUCCAUGUACCAAAAAUCAACAGGCUGAGCCGCAGGAAAGAAUAAUUUAUGUAUUUAUCUGUAUACACGGCACGCAUCUAUAUCUCCGAUACAUGACGAACAGUAUUACUAUUAUUGUAAAAAAUAAAUAUAAAAGAGCCAUGUUGUGUUGUGUAAACGGAAAACAGAGAGAUGAAAUAAAAAUCGAGAGAAUGAAACAGCUCGAGUGGAAAACACAAAAACUCGUCAUUUUCUUUUUAUUUAUUGUUUUUCCAAGUGACAUAAAUAUAGAGUAUGGUAAUUCGCUACAUUGCAAAAUUAUAGUUAUAAUAGUCGUAAUUAAUGUAAUAUCCUUAUUAAUUUAACAUGUGUGUGUGUGUUCACCUAUACUUGAAAUUAUACGUAAUAAGUAAUUACUCUUGAAUAUAAGGUUUAGUUACUUUCCUCCCGUCUCGAUUUGUUCCUUUUUUUAGUUAAUUCACUUAAUUUUUCGUCUAGUGCACUUCUUACAAUUAUUAAUGUGGUGUGUGAAAGAGCUGCCCUAUUUGAUUUUUUCCUCUAUUUUAUACUUAAACCGUUUUAUUAAUAUAUUUUUUUCUGUCAUCUUGUCAUUCACAUUUAGAAAAAUCU